GUGAGCACUUGAUGGACAGAGAUAGAUAGAGAGAGAGUGAAAGAGAGUUUGUUUUCACCAAUUUAUCUCUCCCCAUACUUCAUAAAAAGGAGGUUUGUAGAGGAGAUACUCAUUUAGGGUUGGUUGGUUUUCUUUGAGGAAAAAAACACACCAAAAAGAAAAAAGAAAAAAAAAAAAAGAAUGAACCUUUUGGAUUCUGAAUGCAGUAGCGGCUGCGAGUCUGGUUGGACUCUAUACUUGGAACAAUCUUUCCUUUCCCCAAAUAGUAAGAAUGGAGAAAGUGGUAAUUUUUGUAAAAAUAUUGGACAUGACAAAGAGAAAGGAAUCAAAGAAGACCAGGAAGAAGAAGAAGAAGAAGAUCUUUCAAUGGUUUCUGAUGCGUCUUCUGGGCCUCCACAAUAUUUCCAUGAAGAUGAUAACCAACCAGUGCACUUGAAUGACGAGUAUAAGCCAUUUUGCUUUAUGUCCAAGGAUGAUAUUAAGUUGUCCAAGAGCGGUGGAAAAAAAGGGCAGAAAAUGAAAGAUAUUGAUCAUCAGCAGGGCUUACCAUCUUUUCUAGACGACACUGCUAGCUCUCCUGUUUUCAACUUCUCCAAUAAUAUGCAGCAGGACUUUGCUCUGACCAAUAACCAAGGUUCAAUGGAGAGUGUCCUCGAUUACUCACAAGGUUUCUCAGCCAGUACUCAUUUUCAGGGAAGAGUGCCUGCAUUUCAAGACCCCUUUGGAUCAUUCUUACACUCUUCUUUAUCCGGAAACCAACUUCAGGAAAUGAGUAAUGGUUUGAAGGGAAUUAGGAGAUGGAAAUGA